AUGAGUUCCUCAGUUCAUCUCACUCAGCCCAUCUGCCUCGUUGAGAACACCCAGAAGACGGGGCUGGUGGUCCGGCAGGAAGCCCUGAAGGUGCUGUCAGAGGUCACCCAACCCGUGGUGGUGGUGGCCAUCGCGGGGCCUUGCCGCAGUGGCAAGUCCUACCUGAUGAACAGGCUGGCUCGUCAGAGAAAAGGUUUCUCCCUGGGCUGCAGCGUGCAGUCCCACACCAAAGGUGUCUGGAUGUGGUGUGUACCUCACCCCUGCCAGCCUGGACACACUCUGGUGCUGCUGGACACCGAAGGGCUGGGCGAUGUGGAGAAGGGCGACUCCAAGAACGACACAUGGAUCUUUGUGCUAACCGUAUUGCUCUCCAGCACCCUGAUCUACAACAGCAGAGGCAUCAUUGACCAGCAAGCCGUGGAGCAGCUGCAGUAUGUGCUGAAGCUGACUGAGCAUGUCAAAUUGAAAGCAGCACCCAAGAGGAGUGAAGAUGAACUGGAGGAUUCAGAAAAAUUUGCCAGCUUCUUCCCGACGUUUGUCUGGGCUGUCCGGGAUUUCACACUGCAGCUGGCGUUGGAUGGGAAGGAGAUCUCUGAGGACCAAUACUUGGAGAACACCCUGAAGUUAAAGGCUGACAGCAGCCCGGCGACUGAGCGCUACAACCAGCUGCGGGAAUGCAUCCGCCAGUUCUUUCCAGAACGCAAGUGCUUUGUUUUUGACUGGCCAGCCAGUCAGAGUGACCUGGUCCGCUUGGAGGACCUUCAGGACAAUGAGAUGAAUCCUAAAUUCCGGCAGCAGGUGGAGAAAUUCUGCGGCCACAUCUGGGAAAAGUCUCCACCUAAGACCAUCCCUGGUGGCCACAUCCUAAGAGGGAACUCGCUGGGGAAGCUGGCAGUGACCUACGUGGAGACCAUCCGGAGCGGGGCAGUGCCAUGCCUGGAGAGCGCGGUGCUCGCCCUGGCGAAGGUUGAGAAUGCAGCGGCAGUGAAAGAGGCGGUGAAGUUGUACCAGGAUCUGAUGGAGCAGCGGGUGAAGCUGCCAACAGAGACCCUUCAGGCACGGGCAUUCAAGGAUGACAUCUACUAUUUCCAGGCCGAUCUCAUACGCAAGGUAGAGGAAUUCAAGGAGAAGCUCUGCAAGGACAAUGAGCAGGUGUCCCGUGACAAGUGCGAGGCUGCUCUCCGGGACCUCUCCCAAGACAUGGAGAGACGAAUCGGUGAUGGUGUCUACAAUGUGCCAGGGGGUUACCAGCUAUUCGAAGGAGACCAGGAGGCACUGGUGGAGAAAUAUCGGGAGCUGCCUGGCAAGGGGGUGAAGGCUGAUGCUGUCCUGCUGGAUUUCCUCCAAAGCAGAAAGACUCUGGCCAAAAGCAUCCUCGGGACAGACCACUCCCUGACGGAGAAGGACAAGGAGCUGAAAAGUGCGCAAGAGCAGUGUGAGAGAGCUGAGCAGGAGAGGCAGGUCCAGAGGAAGAAGGAGGCUGAAGAACGGCAGAAGUUGGACGACCAGUUACGCAGCUGGAAAGAGCAUGCGGCUCAGCUGAGAAAGAAGCUGGAGGAUUGCUGUGAGAAGGAGCUGGAGGAGCACAAGAAGCUGAUCAUGCAUAAAUCAAAGGAGGAGAGCGCGCUGCUCAGAGAUGGCUUCCAUGAAAGAGCCUUCCACCUACGGGCGGUGACCAGUAGACUGGAGGAGGAACAUUGCAUCACCAGGAGCAAGUCAUUGUCCUGGAUCGACAUAGUG